UCCACUGCACUCCAGCCUGGGCAGCGUAAGACUCCGUCUAAAAAAAACAAGCAAACAAACAAAAACAACAACUGGAUUUCGACCUGGCACUGUCGCUUUGCAGCUGCAUAACCUUAGACAAUUUACUUCCCCUCACGGCACUGCACUCCAACCUGGGUGACAGAGCAAGACACUAUCAAAAAAAAAAAAAAAAGGGGGAGAAACAAUGUAGAGAUAACCCUGUAAACAGUGACCAGUGACCUCAGGGUCAAUUCCUUCAUGCCGGACAGCCAGGCGGAGGGGAUAGAUGCAGGGAUCUCCAUCCGGGAAGGAGACAUCACUAGACCAGCUGCAAAUGGGCCGCCAUCUCUGGUUGUCUCAGCUUCAAUAUCUGUCAAAUGGGAAGCUUUCUGCCUGCCUCCAAGGAUGGGAGGGUUAAAAUGUUUUGGCAGUUGCAAAGCUCAGGUCAGUGCCUUAUCAGGACCCCUCUCUGGUGACCUGGGGCAUUGCUGAAGCAGUGCUGCUAAAGAGGGUUCUGCAGGUGGACCAGAAGGCCUGCAGGGUGAGGAAGGGCAAAGGGGCCAUGCUUAGCUAGGCCAGAGACCUCCCCUCCUCCGCAGCCUUCCUGUGCAUCGGUGGAUCUGCAGGGAGACAGCUCCUUACAGGUGGAGAUCUCUGACGCAGUGAGUGAGCGGGACAAGGUGAAAUUCACUGUUCAAACCAAGAGCUGCCUCCCUCACUUCGCCCAGACCGAGUUCUCAGUCGUGCGGCAGCACGAGGAGUUCAUCUGGCUGCAUGACGCCUACGUGGAGAACGAGGAGUACGCCGGCCUCAUCAUCCCCCCAGCCCCUCCGAGGCCAGACUUUGAGGCUUCAAGGGAAAAGCUACAGAAAUUGGGCGAGGGGGACAGCUCUGUCACUCGGGAAGAGUUUGCCAAGAUGAAGCAGGAGCUGGAAGCGGAGUACCUGGCCAUCUUUAAGAAGACAGUUGCGAUGCACGAAGUCUUUCUGCAGCGCCUGGCGGCCCACCCCACCCUGCGUCGGGACCACAACUUCUUUGUGUUUUUGGAAUAUGGACAGGAUCUGAGUGUCCGGGGGAAGAACAGGAAGGAGCUCCUCGGAGGGUUUCUGAGGAAUAUCGUGAAGUCUGCGGAUGAAGCCCUCAUCACGGGCAUGUCAGGGCUCAAGGAGGUGGAUGACUUCUUUGAGCAUGAGAGGACCUUCCUGUUGGAGUAUCACACCCGUAUCCGAGAUGCCUGCCUGCGAGCCGACCGCGUCAUGCGUGCCCACAAGUGCCUGGCAGAUGAUUAUAUCCCUAUCUCAGCUGCGCUGAGCAGUCUGGGAACACAGGAAGUCAACCAGCUAAGGACGAGCUUCCUCAAAUUGGCAGAGCUCUUUGAAAGGCUGAGGAAGCUGGAGGGCCGAGUGGCUUCCGACGAGGACCUGAAGCUGUCAGACAUGCUGAGGUAUUACAUGCGCGACUCACAGGCAGCAAAGGACCUGCUGUACCGGCGGCUGCGGGCACUGGCCGACUACGAGAAUGCCAACAAGGCGCUGGACAAGGCGCGCACCAGGAACCGGGAGGUCCGCCCCGCCGAGAGCCACCAGCAGCUGUGCUGCCAACGCUUCGAGCGCCUCUCCGACUCCGCCAAGCAAGAGCUCAUGGACUUCAAGUCCCGCCGGGUCUCCUCUUUUCGAAAGAAUCUCAUUGAGCUGGCAGAGCUGGAGCUCAAACACGCCAAGGCCAGCACCCUGAUUCUCCGGAACACCCUUGUCGCCCUAAAGGGGGAGCCUUAGAGCAGCCAGAGCUCAGCCAGACCCUGCUCUGGGAUCUCCAGUGACCAGGCUCAAGGGUCCACCAGGCACACCUUCUGCCAAGGCAGUAUGAUCAGAUCCUGGGGACACCAAGAAGGGCACCCUGCAGUAUCCUCAGCCCUCUCCAGUGACAGCAAGCUCCUGUGGGAAGGCACAACACCCAGAAGUUGGGACGUAGGAACCCCAGAAGUGUCUUCCAGGUUUGCCCCCACCACCACAAACCCUAGCACAAGAAUGAAUCGCAAGUUCUCCACACGUUAUUUCCUAACCAGAAAAGGGAUCUAGCCCUUCCUCCCAGAACCACUCACAAGCUCCUGAGAGGUAAGGAGCCAACUGUAACACCAGGCGGCCUCUUCCCUUCUCGGCUCAGUUAAUUAGGGAGGAGAUAUAGAUGCCCCAUUACCACUCCCAAUUCACCUCACCCUAGGGCCAGAUUUCUUGGAUGUCUUUGCCUGCUGGGCAGGUGAAGGCCCAAAGUACAGGCUGGAAACAACCCAUAGCAAUGCUGGCAAAAGGCUCAGGGUACCGGCAACACCCUUUUGGUUAAACAUAGGCGGUGCUCAAGACACCUGGGUCUGAAGUCCUGGGCUCCACCUGGCUGGCCCCACCCUGAAAGGACUCCAGCCACAUCUAGAGGAGGUCAAAGGCUCAACUUGGGCUGACUCACAGCAACCACUGAACCUGACCCUCAUAAACCUGAGUCAGCCAUGCAGGGAAGACAGCAAACCAAACCGACCCUUUAAGCUACCUGUGACUUGCCUAUCAGCCCACACCUAGGCAGGGACAGAAAAGACUAUCAGAUGGACCUCACUGCCCAUUCAGGCAAGGCUACAGAGCACGCAGUUCAGGCAUAAACCACUUCCGCUAGAACACCCCUGUGGCCAGCACCUCCUUAAACAGCCAGUCCAGUGUCGAUCACAGCCCCACCAACAGAAUGGUGACCAUCAGAAAGGUGUCUCAGCCAAUCACUGGAGCCAGAUAAGGGUGUGCAGGGACUGGUUGGGUAUGGAGUACAGAGAAGAGAGAGAGCACCAUUCUCCCAGUGCACCCCCCCCCAAAGUCUCCUGGGCCCCAACCUUGAAACACACAUCCCAUUAAUGAGCCUUUUUAUUAUUGUCUUUUUUAAUCGAAGGUCCCUUACUGGUCCUGCUUCCAUGAGUAGCAGUGACCAGGGGAAAAGGGAGAGGAACCAGCCGGCACAGGGAGGGGUCAUCUCCACAACAUUCCAUUUAUACACAGAACUAAACAGACAAGCACAGAGUCACUAUUGCGGUUAGAAGUUGGCAGCAUGGGAAGGGGGAGGACCAGGUGGGGAAUGGGGAUGUUGUUAAAAAAAA